UAGCAUGCUAAAUGGCUUUGACUGUGGACCAAGUGUUAGAUCGGAUUGGGAGUCUGGGACUCUACCAGAUUCGCCUCAUUUUCAUUCUGAGUUACAUUGAGUGGGUGAACCUCACCUGGCAGAUACUGGUACCGACCUUCAUCGCUGCUGAACCUAAUUGGCUGUGUGAGACCAAUCACAGCGCGUGUAAUCUGACGGGGGAAUUUAAACCCGGGGAUAAACUGUACGAUGAACGGUGUAAGAUGCCGAGGGAAGCCUGGAAAUUUGCCGAGGGUUACACCUCAGUGGUCACUCAGGUAAGGAAUAAUUCAAUUUAUUGAUUAUAAUUAAAAUUGUAAGGUUUUAAGCCAGAAUCCCCGCCUGAGAAAACAGCCGAUAUCAGUUUCGUGACGCCCAACCACUGGUUUCCCCGCCAAAUCACGUCUGAGAAACAAGCGCAGAAAUUCCAUACUGAUGACCGCCAUCGCUAAUUAGCAUCUGGGUAGUGAUUCUGAUUGGUUGAAGCAAAUUUCCCCCGCGGCACGACCAAUCAGAAGCACUACCCAGAUCUGGGUGGUGACACGUUAUCGGUAUAGAAUUUCGAGGUCGUUUUUGAUGUGAAGCUCAUGUAGACUGAGUGAGCAAUUUUUUUGAUCAGUUGAGACCCCGGUAGAAUCAGCAAAACUGUGACUGUUUUAAAUAUACGUGCGCGAGAUCGUGACCAUGCCUCCAGGAAAAAAACGAAGGGGUGGACAAAGGACUAUCCUCGAAAUCUUCAUUUUUUCUGGCCCUAACACAAAGAAAUCCAACAGAUGUCGCCAGAUUAACGAAGGCAUCGCAGAAAAUAUUUACUCAAACAUCAAGUAUAGUAACAUUAUUCUGAAGAUGUACGACAUUUUUACUUUUCAGUUUGAUUUAGUCUGUGACAAGUCCUUGCUUGGAACAAUUUCUACAUCUGUGAUUUUUGCUGGAUGGCUAUUGGGCGCUUUGGCGGGCGGUGUAUUGGCAGACAAGAUUGGAAGGAAACCGGUCAUGUUCGUGUUUGCACUCAUGUGCAGUUUCUUUGCACUUCUCGCGGCCUUUCCCAAUGUCUUUUGGCUCUUUAUUGUAUUCCGUUCUCUUGCUGGAAUUAGUAUCGGUAAGCAUAACAAAACAACAAAAACUGUUUUAAAAUGCAGUGAGCCACUUUAACCAAUUCUUGUUGCUAUGUGUUCACCAGCCUCGUUCCCAGUCCUUUUCUUUUUUAAAAAAUAGAAGGUGCGGGGAAAAAAAUCGCCGUCCACUACAAAGAGAUCAGAGGCAAACAAAAAAUUACUGCGGCUUGUCUGUUACAAGAGGAAAAUUCUUCAAAACUACUCGUUUCUCGUCAAGAGAUAUAAAAGCUAAGAGACCGUCUGAGAUCGCGCGCGCGCUGAGAGGUUACGCAUAAUUUACACUUUUGAUCGUAUUCACACAGCGAUAAUUUAAGACUUUAGGGUGUAUGAGGAGACACGUGAUCAGUCGAUGACAGGCACUUUUCCCGCCUCUCCCAUUUUCUAACGGAAAAGCCCUGGGGAAGAGGUGCUGUCUUCGCCACUGCUUCACUUUGUUUUUCCCUCACAAAUCCCAACAGGGGGUGGGGCAAUGGGAAUCUACGUGUUGGCAACUGAGUUCGUGGGGGCGAGGCACCGUCAUGUGGCUGGUACAUCACUAUGGUACUCCUGGGCUCUGUCACUAGUCAUGUUAGCUGGUAUGGCAUAUGGAUUGCGUGACUGGAGGCACCUGUCCAUUACCUGUGCGGCACCUGGGCUUAUUGUCCUAAUAGGCUGGUGGUAAGUCACGCAUUUUUCACGUACAGUAGUGACGACUGUCUGGCUCGAGCCAAGGUCGAGUAACUAUAGAGCCUUUUCACUCCCUUGGCCUGUAGCAAUGCAAAUGUUUUGGGGAAAAAGAAAGUUAGUACAUAAAAAAAAGGUUCACCUCCCACGGGAUUGGUUUGGGACACCAACAUGGUCGCUGUUUCAAUGUUUCGGGAAACCAAAAUGGUGGACAGAAAGUUACGUCUGAUGAAAACGCUCUAUAUUGGAUGACCAGAUCGCUCUCCAGUUUAUUAUAACGGUCAUCUCUUACUGAUAAAUAUUUUUUUGGAAGGAAACCGAAUGAAUUUCAGCCUAGAUAUUAUUGAGAGGACAGAAAGAACAAACUGAACUCUUUCACAUCGCGAUACCUUGUCAUGCGAACUCUUAAAAGUCGAAAAAUCAUCAAACCUUGAAACUUCUUUGUUUUCCUUUUGAAAUACAGUCUUUCAGAUCUAUUACUGGAAAAAAUUAUAACUGAAAAUACUUUGUUAAUUUCAGCUCAGUUUUGGUCUAAACAUAUAGAAGUCACAGUAACAAAACUCCUUAAAAAUUUUCAGUUUCAUUUUAGACUUUUUCUGGUAAGUCUCUUUCUCAGCGGUUUUUAAGAUUUUAAACUAGGUCGUUUCUGAGCAUUAAACUAAUAUUUCAGAUCUUAGUUUCUGCAAUUUUCUUUGUUGAGACCCGGCUAUUUCCCAGUCUAGCGAAUACCAAAUUUGUAUUUCGAAACAAUCCUUCUCCCUCUUUCAUCACUCCAUUCUACGUUUUUUUUCCCGGACGGGGGAUACUCCUUAUAACUGUCUAUACUGGGAGGCUGCACCCAAAAUAGGCACCUUUUUCAGGCCUCAGGGGGAAAUCCUUCAUUUUGGUCUGUAAUAUAACCUGAAAGGGCAACAGAAGGUUUUUUGGCUGUGAAAAGUCGAGAAAAUUUUCUAGUUUUGUGAUUUAUUCAUAUUUAAAAGAAAGUGCAUUUACAGCAGUCAAAAGGGAUAAAGUAGUUCUAAACUAGUUAUUUGAAAGGGGGUACCAUCUGUCAAUGAAAGGUAUGCGAAAGGGGUACCUUUUCCGUGUCAAAAAUGGUAUGUAAAAGGUUAAAGUGUUGGACCUCUGGGCGGAGCCAACCCGCAUAAAACUUUGUUGAGUUCCCCCGGGCAUUUUUUUAUGUAGGUUUACUCCUGAAUCUACAAGAUAUUUGUUGCUGAAAGGAAAACUCAAAGAAACCGAGGAAAUCCUGCGAAACAUCGCCACGACUAACAAGAAAAAGUAUCCAGAAGAGCCUCUUUAUAACCCGAGCGCUGACGGGAAGGUUCAGCAAUUGGGCGACGUAAGAGAUUUGUUUGCAAGUAAAAAAAUGUGCCACCGGACACUUGUAUCCUGGUAUGCCUGGUAAGUGGAUCAUAAAUGAAACUUUAUUGAAUCAACACUGGAUGUUUUUUCGGGGUGUGCUUGUAAUUUAUCUUGUCCCAUAGCCUAGUUACUCUCGACCAGCGGAAUGGGUAACGAACACUGAUUAGAAAGUUAGGAGCCUGGAGACAAGCAUGGGUCGCAACCUGAUUGGCAAAUCGACAAUGGCUUGUUCAGACCAAUCAUGACGAGUACUUAAAUCCUGGUACACAGGUGGGGCCCCUGAACAAGGACUUCGGCGCUGUUUCGAGAAGGUCUUAACCAGAGUUUACAGUUGAACCCCUCAACAAUAGUCACCUUGGAGACAGAAGAAAGUUGCCGUUGUAGAGAGGUUGAAACAAGAGUCAAUGUAUGGACUGUCCGCCAAAAAAGGUGGCAGUUGUCGACAGGUGUCGAGAGGCGCUAGUUUCAUCUGUAAUCUAGGCUAAUGGAUACAAACUGACCUGAAAGCGUAUUUGAACGACGCAGCUUCCCUUUGAGUACAACGAUGCUCCGUUAUGAAAACCUCGUCAGAGCUCUUUCCUUAAUACCAAGAUGUUAUUACCAUAGAAGAAGUAUAAGUUUAAAAGGGAACAAAACUUUGGUUUUAUGACCUUGUUUAGCAAAAGAUUGGAUAAAAGGUAUAAAAAUUUUCUGCGCAGAGCACAAAACAUUGAAAACAUCCGUUCGCCUGAGUGCCCAACGCGAUGAAGAAUUUAAGAGAAACCUCCACCCUUAUCUAAGAGUUCCACCAAAACGCUUUCGACACUUUUCUUGGUGUUCUUUUUAGGUUUGUAAACGCAAUGGUCUACUAUGGUGUAUCAUUCAGUACUCCAACACUUGGCGGAAACAUGUAUUUGAACUUCUUCCUGGCUUCAAUCAUUGAAAUUCCAGCCAAUUAUGUUAGCAUCUGGGCCAUGGGAAAGUAAGUCGACAGCGCCCUUCUCAAUCUUGAAAAAGAUUACCUGUUUCAGUUUGUAAUUGUAAGAGCAGCAUUGAGAACAGUGUCUGGAAAGGGUGGUCGUGAUCUCCCGUUCCCGCCCUUUUUCACGAUAAUCCCACAUCCCGAACUUCUUUCAUCGUUAUCCCGAAAAGCAUUUCUUUCCCAAUCCGCUUUUGAGCCCAAAUUUUGGCGAAUCCCGCUUCUCGGGUAGCAGUAUCCCGUUAACGUUUACCGAAUCCCGCACUCUAUUUGGUCAAAUCCUGGAUCCCGAGAAUAUCUUUCUAGACCCUGUGAGAACGCUGAGACAUAUGUGUUUAAUCAAAUCUAUAGCGCAAGAACGAAUGAUUAACAAUUCCUUGACGUAAAUAUUUGUUGCGUUUCAUCGCAGGAUUGGUCGCAAAAAGUCACUAGUGUAUUUCAUGAUCUUAGCCUCCAUAGCCUCGGUUGGUGCUGUGUUAUUUACGAUGUAUGAUCCUGGCAACGACAAAUGUAAGUAGCUGUUUCCAAAGCUGCCUUGCUAUCUUCCCAUAUUAGGAAUUAAGCUGUGGAUUUCGGAUUCUUUGAGCUGAAUUCCGGAUUUCGCAAGCAAAAGUUUCCCGGAUUCAGGAAUCAGAUUGACAUACAUAGGGCGAUCGCUACCCCAGGGAGGGGGGGGGGAGAUUACUUGGAUUAAUUUUAGCUGGGUAUGUGCCACUGGGCUCUCAGAACCCCUACCCGAUUAUAGUCUAUUCUGUGGCCAAAUAUAGACUCCAUCUUAGUCACUUUUGGGAAAAUGUAAUUUUCACGAUUCCAACUUGGUAACUUUCUGCUUAUGCAUCCUACUUAUAAAGCCUUUUAACUAGAUCAUCUUGAAAUGAAUUGACACAUUUGGGCCAUUUAUACGAGGAAAAAUAAGACGCGUCUUACAUAAGAGGCGUCUUAAAUAAGACGCGAACGUUCCGUAUAAACGGCACAUUUCGUCUAAAAUAAGACGCGGCUUAGCUAAGACGCGUCUUAUUAGAUGAGACAUGCUCGUAUAAAUGAUACAGUUUGCGUCUUGUUUAAGACGCGUCUUAUGUAAGACGCGUCUUAUUUUCCUCGUAUAAAUGGCCCUAUUGGUUAAAUUAAUGAAGUAAAAAUCUUCCCAUUUUAAAUCCCUACCUACUUGAAUUUUCUGAUCCCCCAAAUCCCAAAAAUGUGCGAUUCCAUCCUAGUAGCUCUAACAAAAAUGCCACCCCAUCAUAGUCAAUCCAGCGGUGAAAAUGCGACCCCAUCCAGCGGCACAUCCCCAUUAGCCUAUCACUAGGAAGUACUCCCCCCCCCGGGGGAUCGUAGCAAUAAUCGAUAAUCUUUGAGGAGUCACUAGAUACCAGUUACCUAAAAAAAUUUCAUUGACUCUCUUUUUAUUUCAGGUUUUGCCGCGGGUCGUAUUAUCAUGGCGCUGGCAGCUAAGUUUUUCGUGUUCAUUUCCUUCGCUGCGGUUUAUGUGUUCUCGACGGAGCUGUUCCCUACGGUUAUUAGGUGAGACGGUGGACUGACUCAAAAAUUAUACGCGUUUUUCUCUAGCUGAGUAUGGACGGUCAAAACCAUGCGAAAAUCGCUAGUAUGGACGAAGAGCUUUCGAUUCGUUUUUGUUAUCAUGAAAACAAAGGUUUUCGAAAACGCAUUUGUCGUGGACAGUGACUUGUCUGAUGAUCCUCUACUGAUCUUCAAUAUAGUAAUUGCAACCUGAUCAACCUUCCAUGUUUUGUUCUCUUUUCAGAAACGUAGGAAUGGGUACCUCUACUUCGGUAGCCAGAUUGGGUUCUUUUGCUUCUCCAUAUGUCGUUCAUCUGGUUCGUGAAAUUAUUGAUAGACUUUUUAUUUUUGUUUGUUUUUUUUUUCCUUCUAAAUUUUGUUUAAUUACUACAUGCACAAUUCGCCACUAUAGAAACGAGAAAGGAAAUGGAGCCGAAAUGCGUCCUGCACUAGGUUGUGGGAUCGUUACUGGGUGCUAGCGGAGCGCGUCGGUCAGCUAUUGGCCAAUUUUUUUUCCCGUCCUUAGUCACAGUCCCAGAAGUCUCUGCGACAGUUAACUCGGCCCAGUUCCCUUCUCGUUUCUAAAGUGGCGAAUAACUGAAUACCCUUUUAACGUACCUCUUUGGUACCAAUGAAUAGUUUUAUUUUGGUUUUAUUGUAAAUUCGCGGCUAUUUUCUUAAAUUUCAGGUGCGGUUCCUUUGUUUUAUUUAUUUACUGGAUUUUCUUAGUAUUCAACGGUGCCGUAAUCCAGUCGAAUGGAUCGAAUAAAGCUAUCUAUCUAUCUAUCUAUCUAUCUAUCUAUCUAUCUAUCUAAAGUGGCGAAUAACUGAAUACCCUGGGUACCAGAGGUUUUUCUCACGUGCGGCGGGAUUUUCGGUGCUAGUCGAAGGUCGACAUAUCUUCGGCCGUAGGCCGAAGCCGCGAGAAAAAACGUGCCGCGCGGGCCACUAUUAAGACUUGACAGAAACUGAAAACCGCGCUAGAAAAGUCUCUGGCACCCAGGGUAAUAACUGAAUGACACGGCAGAAAUUCAGUAUAAUACUCCUCAAUGCAAUUUUUUUUUCUUAUGUUCCUAGUUGAAAAUUAUCGAUUUAUGUUAAACUGGUCAACGUUAAAGGCAAUCCAAGGAUAACUGGCGAGCUUUCAAAGAAAAUGAAUGAACCUGUAGCAUUCAACUAAUUAUGAAAUAUAUAGCAAAUAUAUGGAAACCACUCUUCGGCGAACAUAGCGAUAGUAGUGACGAUACGAUUAUCUUUGUAGAUGGACUUCAGUUUUACAUUUAGAAGUGUAGUGUCCAUAAGAUCACUGGACUCACUUUUGACUUUUUAUUUCAUUUUAAGUUACCUUAAGAAUUAACUGACGAAUCAAUAAUCAGUUAUGAAAGGCUUUUGGAAUACUGUAUUUGUUGUAGUUAUGCCAAUAAAGCUUGUCAUAGUUGUCGUUAUCGGGGAUCGUAGCGAUAAAAUAGGCAUUUCUGGGUUUUAAAACAAGGCUAAGUGCAAAACCUUUCUUGCGAAAAAGAGUUUUAUUCACAUGAGAAUAGAAAAUCAUUUUCAUGGAAUUGAAAUGACUUUUUGACUACCAUGCUUUACUCUGUGUUUGUAAGAGUGUUUAUUUCUCUCAUAUAGAGCCGAGUGCAUCCGCUCCUCCCCUACGGAAUCAUGGGAGCCAAGGCGUUGCUUGCGAGUAUACUCUGCAUGACAUUACCAGAGACAAAGGGAUUACCAACCGCUGAAACAAUGGACUCUGAACAAGGUAUAGAGCUGGGGAUACAGAACGUAGCCAUGGAGGAUAUCGUGUUGAACGACGAAAAAGAAAAGGAACAGGAAAAGGAGAAACAAUUGGAAGAGGCGAAAAUGAAUGAGAAAAUGCAGGAAGUAGAAGAAGAAGUGAAAGACAAGAAUAAAGAUAAUAACAAUGUUGGACAAGACCGAGAUGAAGGAGGGAAUACGCACGAAGAUACGAAUACAGCGAAUGGUGAAGUAGCGGGAAACCACGCGAAUCUUGGUUAUGACACUGCUUUUUAACAGCCUCGAAUAUCACUUAUGUUUAUUCGUUUAGGAUCGUUCUUUAAUGAAGCAGCAACAAAAAAAAACAAAUUCCACUUAGUAGUGUAAAUGGGUCGCUUGAGGUGCUAAUGAAUUCAGGGUUUUCUGUAUUUUUGACAACCUGAGAAAACAACCCCUCACCGGUUUCCUCUCGUAAUGACGUUGAGGAGCGAGCGCGUAAAUUCCGUACUGAUGACGUGUCACUACCGAGAUCUGGGUGGUGCUUCUGAUUGGUUGAGUCAAAUUUCCCUCGCAGCACGACCAAUCAGAAGCACUACCAAGAUCUGGGUAGUGACGCGUUAUCAGUAUAUGGAAUUUACGCGUUCGCUCCUCAAAGUCAUUACGAGGGGAAACCAGUGGUGGCGUGGCCGGAAAUGUCGACUGUUUUCUCAGGUUAAAUUUCUAUAAAGUGUGGGAUAGUAAUUGGACGGGACUGCACUGACCUCCGGAUGCUGUCGAUAAUAGCUUGACUCACUGUUUCUGCUAUGUUGUCCCUGGCCCUCUGGGACAUUUAAGUUGCCUAGAACCGAACGACUUUUCUCUUCUUUCGACAAAAAAAAGAACCCGGUGAAGAUUCGAUUCAGGAAAACUUACAUAGCCAGCAAGUCUGUUAGUUUUGCAUCUUUAUGCUGAAUAAAUAAAAAAGCUUUUGAAUAGCCUUGGUGAAAAAUGCUGUCUGCAAACAGCUCGUUAUUAGGGUGUAGGUGAAAGUCAGAUCGUUGAACGAGUGUCUUGGGAAGGAGAAAGGGGGAAGUCGCUUUCUUGCCCAUGGGAGCUGGAAGAGCUGCGAUAUGAGACUGUAACUAAGAGGUUUGGAGACUGGAAGACAGUUGGCCAGAACAAAUUCCCCUUGGCUAAAAGCCCAGACAAAUUUGCUGCCUAAAUCACGCACCCCCCACCCCCUCCCUCCGCUUUGUCAGGAACAAUAAAGCUUCGCUUUAUUUAAGGGACUCCGGAUUCCAGAAUCCGAGAAUUUAUUUUGCUUGAGGAAUCGAGGAUUUCCGGGCUUUGGAAUCCGGAAUACAGCUGAAGGAAUCCGGAAUCCUACUGACGAUUGGAAUCUAGCCUGCGAAUACAACCGUUCCUCCUUGCCCCUCCCCGCUAAGUACGUUUCGCGAAACAUCCCUAGCGGCGAGGGGUAAGGAGAAACGGCUUUAUUUGCAGGCUAAUUGGAAUCCGAAAACCAAGUUUUAUUGACAUAGAAUCCUGAAUUCACAGCGUGGAAUACAGAAUCCAAGACUCUUUUGGAUUCUGUUACAUGUAGCGAAAUAAAGCUCUAAUUCCAUUGUUCGUUUUGGCACGAAGUUCUACUGUUUCAGGGCUAGAGAUCAUUGAUUAUGUUGUGUUUUUCAUUGUCUUCUCCAAUAAUCCUGAACUGUUUGGCGAACUUCCAGGCUGUGCAGAGACGGGUCACUAACACACGGGACUGAGUGAAGUCUUGUCGCUGUAUAAAGCGACAGACCGGAAUUCCUGAGUGGCUUAUAACUUGGGAAUUUUUGAAGUAAUACCACAAAAAUAUCGCCACGUACCACAAAAAGGGGGCAAAAAGGAGCUACGUGACGAUGCUUAUGGUAUAACUAAAACCCUAAAAACGCAUUGGAAUUCAAGAAAACCUUGAAAUAAUUGUUUUGUCUCCUUGAAAUAACUCUUACUUCUACUCAACAAUGAUUGUACACGGCCAGGAUAGAAAGGGAUUGCAACUUGUAAAAAGUCGCGCCAACUUUCAAACUCCCUAUGUUAUCCAAAAAUGAUCAAAAAUCGAUCAUGAAUGUUUUGUUUUCCUUUUGUCAAUGCCAUUUGAUAUCUUUCUUUAAGAGAGAUCCAAGUACAAGAAAAAUUGACGGAGAAUGUUUAGUCAUAGUCUGAGCUCAACUUUGACCAAAAACUGUGUAACCCGCAAUGGCAUAACCCCUUUAAAGUACGGAAAAGAACUUUGAACACCAUGCACUAAGAGAUAGCUACAAUCUUGGCUAAUGUGCAAUAGCAAACCCCACAUCCCCCGAAAUCAAUAUUAGUAGAUAAGCUAACAGCUCCGCGCGGGAAAAAGUCCUCGAAUACGGUGUUGUUUUACUUGUACUCAAAAUUGACAUUUUAGGGGUGAUCAGGUCAGAUAUUUUAGUGAUGUUUGUGUUGUAUAAACAAAUCAUAAUGAAAAAAAAAAGGAAAUUUCAAAACGGGAGGAAAGUGGUCUUUUGGGUUCUUAUCACAAUUAAAAAUGUUGUUUUCGGUAGUCGAGGGAAGUGUUAUCGAACGGUCAAGCAUCCUGACUUUUAAUUGGAAUGUGAAAUACCUGAGGCCCGCAGUGAGAAGAGUUGCGUCAUACGGUGCAGCAAGUAAUUGAAUCCCUUGUCCUUCAGCGACUUAUCGCAUAAGAAACCUUCAUACAUUGAACAAAAGGAGAUAUGUGUACCAGUUCAUGAGGUGGUGUACCGGCGCUUUUUUUUGCUACUUGUUACAGUACCCCGGAAGAGUAUCAAACAUCCUAAAGGAGAUACUUUGGUCUAUUUGCCAAAACGUAAGUGGCAAUAUUAACCUGAAGAUUUCUGUUUUUAAGAGUAAAUUGUAACUUGUUCUUAAAGCUAUUGAUAUGACAAGACUUGUUCAUUCAGUAAACACUUUACUGGGCUAACACGUGAAUGUUAAAAGGCUCGCAUAACUGCCAGUUGUAACCUGUCCAUCUUACGACAAAGAUUUUCAAAUUUGUUGCAGACCAUCAUAACUCACAGGGAAAGAAUGUCCGCGCAAUUGUAGGAACCUGAAGUGCUCAGAUUAUCCGAUAAAACAAACUCUGUAGACAAGGUUUAUUGGGUUUAUUGUUCAAGUGUUGUCAAAUUAUAAGAUAUAUAGCAAUCUUUCAAAACAGAGGAUCACGGACUCCCUUUAGGUGAGUUAAAAUUUUAUAUCUUUGGACUACGAGCAAUCUCUGUAGUUUGCUAUUAACGUUCAAAAGCGGACCUGCUAAGGCGAGGUUAUGGGGAAGCCGGUGUCGAAGAGGCAACCCAAUCCCUCGUUAUUAUUCCUGUUAUGUUGACGACGUGUGACUCGCUUUCUACAUAUAGUGCACUGCAGGAAUGAGUGCAUUUUUCAUCAUUUCCAAGACUUCAAAAACCUAACUGAUUGCCAUUAAUAGCUUCUAAAAUCGAGCCGCAUUCAAAUUUACCCUUUAAGACCGGAGGUUGGGGCUUGUCAAGUCAAGAGAUUUCUUACGUGAACAUCAGUCGAGGUCGAAAUAUUCUUGCAAUGUGAAAAAAAAACAGACCUUUACAAAAUGGAUUAACGUUGCAUGUCUUUAUGGUGUUGUGGUUCCGCUUUUUCGACCUGGUGGUUUUAUUGAAACCUGGAGUCCUUUUGCAUAAGUUUACAUUUAGUGGGACUUUUUUGAAAUCGGUCCUUGUAUUUUGGAGAAUUUUCUCGUGCUCUCCUCGUGUUAUCUUCACUUGUUAAUUCGCCUUUGCCGAGCUAUCUCUGCAAAACCUAUGCAACAAGUGAGGUGGGGGUUACAAGGGGGUCCAAACCUCCUACCUCCCAUACAUUGCAUUCCCGACCGAACGCCCCUGUUCCUCUUGACUUCCUUCCUGAUCUUCAGCCCCUUUGCGAUUGCAAAAUAGCAGGGGCCUUCCUUACCCUUCCCCCUAUUCUACUAACUCCGACCCCACUGCCCCCCCCCCCCAAAAACAAAGGUUUUCGUUUUCAAGCUUCUUUAUGCAACCCAGCCCAGAACCGGAAGGAUAGAAACGAUUAAGUGCUUUAGAUGCUCUUUCCGUCCGAUCAUGUCAGAUGUUCGCGUUUCGGCGUGGAGAGACUCUAAGACAUCGCAAAAGAGGACAUUUCCAUUUAUUGUUCGCAGAAUGUUCUUGGGAAUGGGGAAUUGGUGCUUUACACGGUAAAUCUCAAAAGUAGAUUUCAUUAUCGUCUCUUUGAAUCUCGUUGAGAUAACGUGACUGCCAUUUCGUGACGAAAGUAAGGUGUUGAUUUAUUUUUAAUUUAGCUCAGCCACGUACAUCACGAACAAAACUGGCAAAUAAAGGUGGCCUCCAAAAGGUCAUGUUGACUCGAAAACGACCGCCAAAAACAACUUUACUUUCGGGUGGCAUUUUUCAGAUCCAGCCAAAAAUUUCUUCAUCCUUGGCCGGACCCUGAAGAAUCUGCUUCAGUUACAGGAUGGUCUUUUCAUGAGUUGCACAAUUCUCUUUUAUCAUGUACUUAACCAAGAUAGUAUUAUUCUUAGCUCCGAGGAGAAAGCAAACUUGCCCCAGUGUCUCUAUUCUACCCGAGAGAGACCCUGGCAAAGAGGUCACUUCCCACUGCCCGUACCGGCCUUAGUCUUCAUUUUCAAUGCGGUUCGCCGUGCUCGUGGAAGGCUCUCCUUCCCUACCCCGUCUUCCAUUUUAAACCGUAACUUCCAGCUUCUUACUUUGUUCUUCCCGAUUUUUGAGGCCGCCACCAGAAGACAUGUUACAAGAAGCUUGAAUUACCUGUACAUGUAUAUCAGAAACUUGACAUUCAAGAGGUUUUGUGACGUUCCUCUUUAUAGAUCUAGAGAACGUUAUCGAAAUAAAGUGGCUUGAAUUUCGAAGAAUAUAAAAACCUCUUGUAUAUUUUAUGAGAUCUUAUAAAAAACGUUCGCUCAAGUUACUUUUGUGUACCAUUGCUACUUCUAGUUGCUUUAUCCCUGGCAUUGUACUAUGUAUUUCCUAAGUACCUGGUGUCGCAAAGGCCCUUUAGUUCACAAUUAUUCCUCAACUGUUGGUUUUUGUCUCUCUUUAAAACGAUGGAGCUUUCUUUUCCAAACAGUACUUCGGGUAAUUGGGCGUUUUAUAAGGUAAACAUCACUUUACUUUUAAACAAAAUAUCGAUAGAAGUUUUGAAUUAUCUCCAAUUUGUAAUUGGUGGAAAUAAUUUUUUUUCAUUUACGGAAGAGAUUUUUAAUGAUGCCACCAUAUUCCACCUGCUAAAAAUUAUCGCUCCAAACAGAACAUUUCUAUCUUCCGCCACUUUCAGAUUCAGCUCUGGCAUCUGAAAGAAGAAACAACUUGUUGAACAUUUUUUAAUGUAUUAUGGAGGUUAUCGGUAGCUAGGUUUGAGAAAUGCAAUGUGUGAACACAAGAGAUGACCAUACACGACGGGUUCCAAGGCCUUUUACAAGGAGCCAGAAAAAAAAUGUUCCGACGGGUAAGCAAAAUACUGUUGAUCUGUAAACAAAUUCCACCCGUAUCUUGUUGUGUAAGGUCCUCGUGAGACCAGGGUGAAAUUAGAGCCUGUAGACCGGAACGGUUCAGACCAGAAUGAGUAAGUUUACAGGAGAUCGGUCUAAACGUUAAGAGCUCCGGAUUUCAAAAGACCGUGGUACGACCCGUCAAGAAUUUUAUGGCUUGUAUAACUUCCGAUCGGCCUACAUACAUACUAAUCCUUACUUCUAACACAUGAAAUGUCGUCUGAACAAUCAUCUUAGGCCGGUUUGAUUAAUCAUUUCAGUAGCUUUUAAUUAAGAUAACUCGCAAUUUGAUUUCAAGGCCCACACAGCUCAAACUUAGGACUGAGGAGAUGACUUUUGCGAGUGGUUUCCUGCAAACUGUGGACGUUGAGCAAGUAUUGGUGUGAAAACCAGUCGCAAUUCCGGCUGGUCUCUGGUAAUCAAAACCACUACGACUUCGCAAACGGGUUUGAAAGCAUCGUUAUUUCUGUUCGAAGAACUGUUUACAUUCCAUAGUGUACUUGUUGGAAAAUCCUCUCAACAGCUUCAUAUUACUGGAAUAACAAGACAUUAGACCCCCGUUUAACCCUCCUAUUUCGCCGUGUCUUUCCAUGUGAAUGCUCUCUUUUUCUCCACGGAUACGUUUUUGAUACCCUUAACGAUCCUCAAAGGAAAGAAAAUUUGGACUCAAGUUCCUCAAGCUCGAUAGACUACAAAACAGCCUUUUUUGCGUUAGUCAAGAACGCGAGCAGUUAAACGAAAGUACCGGAGAGAGGGUGAAAAAUGGAAAGUGAGUCUGUGGGAGAGACACCAAAACACUUUUUCUUGUCUCUUUCUUCUCUUUCGCAUCCCUUCCCCUCUCUCUAAUUAGCGUACCUCCCCCCCCCGCCACGCCUUUUCGGGAGAAGAAAGCCAAUAACUCCCCCCACUCUGUUUUAAACCCCCCUCCCCUCCCCUAAUUAUUCUUCACUAAUAAAUGGUAGACUGUAUUAAUCAAUUUCGACUGUAAAACUUCGUGUGGACUGAUCCAGGAUGGUAUAUUCAACAGCUGGAAGUUCGGAUUCUUUUUUAUCCUCGGCUGGAUAACCUCCAACUUCUUGUACUUGAGCUUUUCCACCUUUUUUUUUCUUUAUGGAGAACUGAUACAAUCGUCUUUGUUAACUUAAAUAAGCCCCGCGUCUCUGUUAAGCCCCUCCCUCAAAUGUGUUUGAAUUAUACAAGUCCCCGAGGAGGCGUAAUAUAGAGGACUUACGGUAAAUUCUUCCAUUCACCCACCAUAUGCACAUCUCCCAGCAUUGUCUUCAAUUUCCCUUGGGACGACUGUAAUAGAGAGGAGAAGUGUGACGUCAUGUUACUAUGGUAGCACUAUUUCUGGAUGACAACAAAACCAACGACGAUGGCGACGGCAAUGAGAACAGCAAAACAUUAUACACUUAAUGUCAGAUUCCGAGGGAAACAGUUAGUUUUGUUUUCCCAAGAGUCCUGAUGUUUCCCGAGACGAAGUCGAGGGAAACAUCAGGACUCGAGGGAAAACAAAACUAACUGGUUUCCCGAGGGACCUGACAUUAAGUGUUUUGUUAUAUUUCUAGACUUUCACUUCAACAGCAACAAAAGAAUAACUGGAGCGAACCAAAACAGUCGACUCGGUACUUAUAACAACACAAAUUUAAUUCUCAAAACCACUGAAUGAAUUAUUUACAAACAAAAGUACUUUCCUCAUAUUAUCUGCAUCUUUUUCCUCCACUAGCUGCUGUUUUUUCUUCUGGGAACUUCUGGGAUAACUUUAAAAAUCGUUGCUUUUUAGCCUGACGCUUCGUCUUUGUGUUGUUGUGUUCAUUCACGAAAAAGAAAACUGGCUGGACCUGGCGGUGUUUUUCCCGCCUUCUGUCACACCACUUUCCACAAUGCUUUGAUCACGUGCUGCAAUGUAUCCCGAGCGGGAUACAUUGUUUAAUGUAUCACGAUCGGGAUACAUUUGAUUUUAAUCAAGGCCACGUGACCAAGAAUCAACCAAUGGCAGUCCCUGUUUAGUUGAGUGAAAGUCUAGGAAUAGAGCGGUUUUCACCUGACUGUCGUAAAACCAAAACCAAAGUAAAAUACACUAGCCAACCAAAGGGCGUAGUAAAACCAAAACCAAAACCAAAACCAAUCCCUUUCGACAGUCAAGUGAAAACCGCUCUAUAACAAAAUAUGUUAACAGCAAACAACAACUUUGCACGUGCAUCUCGCUAUUUUGUACAUUUCUUUUCCGUCGUUGCACCACCACGACAAGGAACUUCCUAAUUUCACGAGCCCGCUUUAUCGAGUAGGCGAACACAACACAAAAAUUAAUGCAUUCUUUUCCCAACUUAGCUAACGAUAGAUUCGGUCCCAAAGAAAAUUUCGCCAAGAUUUGCCAAAUUAAAUGAAAUUAAACAAAAUCGGUGAAGUUUAAAAUAGUGGGAAUAUACAUUUCAGUGACUUUUUCGGUUUGUUGUCAUCCAAAAAUUUUGCUACCAUGGCAACGUGACAUAACGACUUCUCCUCUCAAUACCCAAGAGAUAUUAAAAAACAAUUCUUACGCAGAAUAUUGGGUGGCAAACAAGGCCUAUUAUGAGAGAUGUGCCAAUAAAAUGCGUGUUAAAUUCGUCGCGUUUCACUCCAUCUAAUGGGUGUCUCUCUUUUUCAGGUAAUUUCUUUGAAAUUUUGUCAGCACCGUUUGCUCAUUCCCUAAGCCUUUUUUCCCCUUGAAAAAUGGCGUUAACCGUGGACGACAUACUGGAGAGAAUUGGGAGCUUGGGUCUAUACCAGCUUCGUCUGAUAUUCAUUCUAAGCUACAUAGAGUUCGCUAUGACUCUCCAGGUAAGAAUGUGAUGUGAGAUCGUAUCUUGCAUUUGAUAUCGUAUCUUUUCAUCUUUUAAAAUAUGUUUCAAUUUGUUGUUUGAAAAAAACGUUUCUAAAAAUUCGCACUUAAGGUAGUCUGAACCUAUUUAUAUUUGUGUUGGUCAUGUUUUUGAAUCGCGUGUUUUUCGGCAGCAAAGAUUUCUAAGAUGUUAUUGAUUUUCUGGUAAACAAAAGGCAAUAUUGUUUUAGUCGACCACUGAAAUUAGAGGGUCAUGUGAGGGACUGGACUACUGGAUAUCGACCUCUAUUGAACACCUCGUUUUUACAAAAAAAAACUCCGAAAUCCGCGACAGAUUUUCCCCUAAAUUCAGCAAAAAAGCCUCAGAGCUAUAUAGUUUUAUAUCUGCAAGUUUGGUGGUAAUCGUGACCGUAGAACUUGCUCCACAAAAUGUUGGUCAAAUUUAAUGUUAAAAUGAUAGGCUAAUACAUUUGUGAAUGUAAACGCGCAAAUAGUACCCUGAGUACCAGAGGUUUUUUCUCGCGAGCGAUGGGGAGCUUCGUUUGGUGGGUCGUUUCAUCGGCCACAGGCGACACGUGUUCGGCCGAAGGCCGAAAAUACGAGCGGCGAAGCUUUUUGCGCGGGUCACUUAAAAAGACUUGACCGAAACCGGAAACCGCGCAUGAAAAGCCUCUGGCAUCCAGGGUACACAAAUAGCGGAAGAGGUUCGGGCUACCUUAAUUACUUGUAUCAAAAGUUACUUGUUCCUUAAUUUACAUCAUAGUUCGUUAAUCUAUGUCACAUCUUAAAGUCAUUUCUCCUUUGUGUCCGAGAGUGUCCGAGAGAAGACUAAGCCGAGUGGAGUGCCAAGGGUAACAUUAAAUGUCUCCAAAAAAUUCUAAAAAAACACGUACUUGUGUUCAAAUCACCAUUUUUUAAAGCAGAGGUUCUCAUAGUUACAUGUACGUUCAAUCAAAAAUAUAUUUUUUAAGAUAUGGGCACUUUAACUUUUCAUUCUGCUAAGAAAAUCAUAAAGCAUGACCAUUGAAAUGAUGGCUACUGAAAAGUUCUUACCUGUGGUACUGUUUAUUACAUUGCACAAGGUGGUUCCUACUUUUGACACGCCGUGGAUGAAAUCCUAUAUUGCGACCAUUCAAAUGAAAGCUACUGGGCAGCAUUUUCCUGUAGUACCGUUUGCUAUGCUGUUAUCUGUAUAAGGUGGCUCUAAUGUUCGAGCUGUAGAUGAAAUCCCUUAAGUGACUUGAGUACAACACAAGCCCUACAGACAUCAGUUAUGGGAAAAAUAUAAAUUUCCCUACCAAUACAGUCGAAGCUCUCCUUGUGACCAGUUUCAUAAGCGACCAGCUUUAGUAAAGACCAAUUUAGUGAAACCCCAUUUGAACUGUGACUUAAACUUUGUAAUGAAAAACUCUCUUAAGCGACCGCAACCACAAGCAACCACUCAGGGUCUUAUUCAUAUAAAUCAACACUGCCAAAGCGUUAAUGGUUUGUUUAUAAAGAUCUUGUACAGUGCAGUAUUGUAUUUGUAAAAGUUCAAGUUCGUUUCCGUAGUGACCUCUUACGAAUUAUUAAUGAGUUUCUGAAGCUCUCGUAAGCGACCACCCUAUAUUGUUUUACCAUGCGACCAGCUCUAGUUACGACCAAUUUCCAAGUUUCCGAGGUGGUCGCUUAUGAGACCUUCGACUGUAAGUUGAAUCUCAAGCUCGCGCGUCACAAAGAGGAUUCUUAUAUAACAUACUGUCUAUCUUCUAGAUAAUGGUACCCACUUUCAUCGCCGCUGAACCAAGAUGGAUGUGCACGGGAAAUAGCAGUGCUUGUAACUUCACUGGAUCGUUCAAGCCAUCAGAUGACCGACGUUGUAGUAUGCCAAGAGAUGCUUGGAAGUUUGCUGAUGAUUUUACAUCUGUCGUCACUCGGGUAAAUUUACAAAAUCAAUGAUUCCGUUUGAAUAUUUUAUGUCAUCAAUUGGUUGGGUAACAAUUGACGUCAAAAUGGCAACGGGCCGAAAAUUUAGAAGCGAGAAUAGGCGAAAUUUUAUAUCCAUAUUAUUUUUACACACCAGUAUCUGACUCGUCCCCAGUCGUCUCUCAGUCUCCUAUUAAUAUCCACGAGAGAAGCAUGGUUAAUAACGAGGGAGCGCGAGGGAUGAUGGGAAGGAGAAAAGAGAGGAGAAAUGUAUUUAUCAUGGGUUAUGCAACCCUUUCUUUGGGGUGUUGCAUGGUAUGCUGUUACCAUUGCUUCAUUAACGGUAGGCUAUAUAUAUUUGAGUUAUUGUCAUUUAUAUUCAUUCGCGUCUUACGACCGUCCCCACGCCCACAGGCGGCCCAAACUCACGUUACGAGGGAAGGGUGUAAUGUAAUUUACAUACCAUAGGUGACGCGCCGGUGUCGCGUUACAGGCGACCGUUGAAAAUAUCAGUGACUUUGUAUGAGAAAUAUAUUACUGAGAUCUGCGAACUCUAAAUAACGCUAAACCUUACUUUUUCUUAAAUGAAAUGAAUAAAAAAGACUAACCUGCAAUGUAUUCCACUGCGUUUUGGUGUCUGUUUGUCGUUUUACUGUUUUUUUGGCUUUAUUGCGUAACCGCUGUUACUCCUUUCAUAGAACGAAGUAAGGAGUACUUCCCUCGUAACGUGAGUCUAGGCCGCCUGUGCUACGCCCUCAAAAUAAAAUACCCGGUGAUUAGGGGUUAUCAGUUUCUCUUAGACGUCCAAGUUUUUGCAUGCUGCUAUAUGAAAGGUUUAGCACGUUUACCGAAUCAUUGUUAUACGAGCAUAGCUUAGAUCGUUUUGUGGGGGUGGUUUUUCUUGCUGUAUUUUUUACAUUUCAUAGUUUUCAUUCCGUUUGUUGUAUCAUUCCCAUCCAUUUUGUUGAUGAAGGCAUACGAGAGUCGCACACUGCUGGUGUUGACACACCCCAAUUGUGGUUGCUUAUUACAUGAUAAAUGUUUUAAAUUCGUUUGAGCAGGGUAGCGAAUCAGAAUAUAAUUGCGUUUUCCUUCUCCCAUCACUCCUCGCGCUUCCUUCGGUCACGCUUCUCCGCGUGCGAUCCAUAUUGAGAGGACUGGGAACGAGACAGUACCAGUACCGUUUUUUAACUUGUUACGAAAAGAAAUUCGAGAAUUUUUUGCUAGAAUGAAGGUUUUUAAAAUCUGUUUUUCUAUUACUUCCAUCCUAGUUCGACCUGGUUUGUGACAAGGCAAUUCUCAGCUCUCUCUCCACUUCCCUUGUCUUUGGUGGAUGGCUUGUUGGUGCAAUUGUUGGUGGGCUGUUAUCCGACAAAAUUGGCCGCAAGCCUGUGCUGGUCAUCUUCUGUUUUUUGGCCAGUGUGUUCGGCUUGGUAGCUUCAUUUCCGCACAUAUUUUGGCUUUUUCUGGUCUUCAGACUUUGCACCGGCUUGUGUAUUGGUAAGUGGGGUCUCAUCUUACGGAAAGGGGGGGGGAGUGGAGAGCGGGUAUGUCCCUAAGUCUGAAUUUCAAAGCGGUCGUUUGGCGUAUUGAAGAGGAGACCAUGCCGCUUUCGGAAUUUUACUAUUGUAUUUGUGAUUUUCCUCGUCGCUGUCGCAUUUCAACCCAUCGUUAUGUCGUUUCUCAUCAUUUCAUCUGUCUUGUGUCGCUGUUUGCAAAACAAUCAUUUAGCAAUUGCGAUAAAGCGUUUUUUAUUUUAAAUUAUAUUUUCUUGUAUAUUAUUUGAGUUUCCUACAGUAGAAUAAACGCUUUGAGCAAUGCUACUUCUCCUCCUCAAAUAACAUUUUUACAUGGUGAACACUUUUCGUUUCUGGCCCUUCAAUAGGGUGUCAUUUUUCUAAUAUAUUUCGCUUGAAUUACGGAAAAGUAAUAUUUCUUGUUCAAUCAAAGCAUACUCUUGAUUUUGGGGUUACGUUACAUGUUCAUUUUCUAACCAGGUGGUGGUGGAAUGGGUAUCUAUGUAAUGGCGACGGAGUUUGUGGGUAGGAGACAUCGUCACGUGGCUGGCACGUCAUUAUGGUACUCGUGGACCCUCGCUCUCGUAUUUUUAGCAGGACUGGCUUAUGGCGUGCGUGACUGGCGAAUCUUGUCGAUCAUAUGCGCUGCCUUGGGACUGCCUAUUAUAAUAGCUUGGAGGUAUUAACCGUUCCUCGGCUCUAGGCCUACUGGUCAAUCCUUCUUUUACCUCUAUACUUUGUCCAAAAUAGUUUACAGUUGUCGGAAAGCAAGAAAGAUUUAAAUUAGACAGCGUGCAACAAAAUGUUACCCUUCUCUUUCUUAGCCUGCAGAAUAGGCGCUAUUUUUUCGCGUUUUUUUGGGCGAACACGAAGCGGACGAAGAGCGCUCGACGUCUCCUUUGUGCUCGCCUGAAAAACGCGAAAAAAAGCGCCUGUUCUUCAGCCUAUCUUUUUCCCAGGGUCUCUAUCAACCAAGUUGCAAUAUCUAUGGUCAAUGAUGGGGCAGCUGGACUCUUAGGAAUGAGGUUGACCUUUUAUUAGAGUCUGAAAGAAAUUAGCCGUUCAGUGAAAAUCACAAAAAUUUAAAUGAAGGGGUUUUUUCUAUAGAAAUUGAAGUGCUUCAUCAGUGGGGAAGUGAAAUACAAAAGUUUUGUUUAAAAGACAAUGAUCAAUAAUCACAUUACAAAACAAAAGCGAACUAACAAUAUUUUCUGCAACGCCAUGAAACAUCCAAAAAUGCCACUCGCCGAGAAGCUGCCAGAACCGGAACAGAUAAAAAAACUGAAUAUUGGCAAGAAAAGCCUUUUUAUCGAAAGAACAUAGGUUUGAAUGUUCGAAGUCUAUAAGAACACUGGUUUCUUGUUCAUUCUUUUUAAGGUAUGUCCCAGAAUCUACGAGAUAUUUGUUGCUGAAGGGAAACAUCAAGGAAACUGAGAGUAUAUUGCGAAACAUCGCUGCUACUAACAAAAAGGAGUACCCGGAAGAGCCUCUUUAUAACCCGAGUGCUGAAGGGAAAGUUCAACAGUUGGGUGAUGUUAGGGAUUUGUUUCGAACUAAAAAGAUGUGUCACAGGACACUUAUAUCCUGGUAUGCCUGGUAAGUGCCACAGGAAUACUAACGUGAUGAAUGCUGUCGCUGACAAGGACAAUUGCUAGCUAUAAUGUAUUCUCCUCUCUGUAUUCUAGGUUUGUAAACGGAAUGGUCUAUUACGGUGUAUCAUUCAGUACUCCAACACUUGGCGGUAAUAUAUAUUUGAAUUUCUUCCUGGCCUCCAUCGUGGAAAUCCCCGCCAACUAUGUUGGCAUCUGGUCCAUAGGCAGGUGAGCCCUGAGCGCAAAAAUGCAACGCGCAGAAUGAGUGGACAUCAUCAGCUAUUCAUGACCGCCGAAGCGGCAAAUUCGAAGGCACGAGCGCUUUCAAUAAGCUCUGAGUAAGAGAAGAAAGGGCCUCUUUUGGUCCACAAGCGUUGAUAAAACCCAUUCGCCCGACUUCGUUAGCUCCAAAAUUACAAAACCACGGACGGAAUAUUGAAAAUGAAUGAUAUAUCAGUGAUUUAAGCAAAAGAAAUAUACGUUUUACGUAGUAGAACUAUCCCUCUGCACUUGAAAAUUGCUCUUUGCAAGGCGGUAAUAUCGCUACAAGGGAAAGACUGCGCAGACUUCAACCAAUGAAAGCGAUUCAGUUCACGCUUCACCUGUAAUAUUACAGACCUAUGAUUCUAGCUCGACUGUAAGUAAAUGUCCCGAGAACAAUAGGCAUUCUGCGCGAUGGGCUAUUUUCUCACUACAACGGGUUCCUUUUGCGCCAGCACGAAAACUAUACCGGAUAGGGGCUCUGUUCGCACAUAAGAACGGUGAUUUCGACGCGAUUUCUGUAACGAAGCGAAGUGACACCGCGCCGAUCUCGAAAAAGGAGCUUUACAUAUUAGAUAGGUUCUGUGCCACUAUUUGGCCCAGGCGCAGUGUAAACAGUAUUCGGACCGCAGCGGAAGUGAAUAAGUGGGAGCAAGGGUUGGAAUCCACUCAGACGGCUUAGUUAAUCAAACCCUCUCGGCCAACCGCUAGGGCAUGAUGAUUCGAUUCGUGUGAACUACUUUUUUCAGUUCUGUGCCGUUGCCGUUCACACGAAAAGCUAUUCUGUAUCGUGUGAACAAAGCCAAAGAAGCUAAACUUCAAAAUAUCCAGCCUCAGCUCCAUGUUUGUAUCUCGUUGAUUAACUAAAGGAACUAUUGUGUUAUACGUCGUUCUUUAAAGCGUUCCGACAAGUGGCCGGGCAUUCUGAAGUUUACGCCAAAGUGUCGAUAUUUAACAAUUACUCCUCGAGCCCAAAUGGGCUCUGAAUCAAACCGAAUGGGCUAUUGACUCAGAGGCCACGAGGGUGAGUAAAAUCCAACUAGCUGGUCAAAAAUAUCGAGAUAAAACAACUUUAGCUAGUUAAAGCUAGACUUGAAGCCAUUGUUUUGGUUUUCAAAGCCGUCGCUUUUCGCUAUAAGUGGGCUAUAACAUAUAACCUAGUAGUAGUUAAAGCAAUCAGAAUGCAGCAUGUAUAAUAGACCACAGGUUGGAUUUUACUAAUAAGGAUGAUGCAUGACGAUAUUGGACGUUUGGAUACAGGAACGACAUCCUAGAUUGUGGGUACCUUGCUAAAAAGAAACGGCAGAAUUUUUUUCUUAAAAGCCUGAAGUAUUGUACCAAAAAAUAACCGUGACUGACAGCUUUCUUCUGGCAGUUUUCCAUUAGUGCGUCAGCACAAGAAUGUUUUUUGUUGUCGUUGUUGUUUUUCCUUCUUAUUUCCCUUUUUCUCGCCUUAGGUUUGGUCGCAAAAAGCCACUUGUUUACAACAUGAUACUUGCUUCCUUCGCUUCUGUAGGGGCCGUACUCUGUACAAUGUACGACCCAGGUGCAGACAAAGGUAGAAAUGUUUUCUAACUUCUCUUAAUAAUUCUGAAUGAUUUUUAUAACUCUAACGAAGGACUAGACUGCAAACGGAGUGCACGCGCGCGCGAGUGGCGAUGAACGAAGCCGCGAGACACGAGAAGACGGGGCGCGCCUUCAGUCACGCGCGUGGUCAUUUGCGUGUCUCGCGCGUUUUACUCGACGGACCAAGAUAAAAGAGAAACUGCUCGUAAUCUAACGAAGGACUGAAAAAUAUAACCAUUUUUUUAAGGUAGUUCAUUUGCUAUCUUCAGGUUUCAUGGCGGGUCGUAUCAUCAUGGCCAUAUCAGCCAAGUUUUUUGUGUUCAUCUCAUUUGAUGCUGUCUAUGUGUAUGCUGCAGAACUCUUCCCUACCGUGAUCAGGUGUCGAUAAUUAUUUCACCUUUGCUACGUUUUUUAUCCUACCGUGAGAGCAGAGGCUACAUUUUCGCGGUGUUAACUAGCAUACGAAAAGUACGCCAGUUCACACCGCGAAAAUAUAGCCUCUGUUCGAGGGCAUUAUGAUGCUAAACGAGCAGCAGUUGUUUCGUUAUCGUUGCUUGUUCCCAUAGUAAUUUCAAUAUCCCCAACUCUCAACCACUCAUGAGGCAUUAUAAUAUGUACCGUAACUGAUUGAUUAAGCGCGCUACUCGAAUAAGCGUCGCUGCUCGAAUAAGUCCCGCACCUUUUACCGAAAACAAUUUGAUAAGCGCCGCGGUGCUAAUUUGGGUUUUACAAAUAAACGCCCCACCUUUAUUACGGCGCCUGAUACAAGAAAUAUCAAAACCAUAUCGCUUGAGAAACAAAAGUACGACCAACUGUCUCUAUAUAUUCCCCUCAGUGUUUUACCCAUAGUUGAGAUAAGCGCCUUCUCGAAUAAGCGCCGCACCCUUAACAGGGAAAAUGAAAUAAGCGUAUGCGUGUAUGUAAAGUUGAUCAUUCCCAUUAUUUUCUGUAGGAACAUAGGUAUGGGGUCAUCAACAUCACUCGCUAGGAUUGGCUCAUUUGCCUCACCCUACAUUAUUCAUCUGGUGAGUAGUGAAACAAAACAUGCAAAAGAAAACAUCUUUAAACCCAAAGAAAACAUGAUUUGUUUUUUCUAUGAGAUAGCUACUGUCUCAAAUGGUGUUUAAGCUGGUAUCAAACGACUUUUGUACUUUAAAUACCGUUUUAAAACAAAGGAUGAAUAAAUGAAAACAUGGUGAAAUAUAAGGCAAACUGGUGUAAUAGAUAGUGAGCCUUAGAUUGUUAAAUUAAAGCAAGUACUUGAACGACCUGAGAUAACUUUAGCCCUUUCCCUUUGCUGACCAACAUAUGGAGUAACGUUACGUAUAUUGUAUAAGAGUGAUGUGAUAAGUGAUCAACUAAGGCACAAACAUAAUUUGAAAACUCGUAUUCGUAGUGCAAUUGAAUUUUAAGAUAACUUAGUAACCGUUACCCCUGGCUUUUUCAAUUACCUCCUCUCCCAAAACAGCUUUUUUCAAAGUAUCAUUUUUAGUUAUCAGUGCGCCAUGAUAUGGAGUUUAAAAAUAGUGCCUGUCCAACUGAACGAUCGAGCGUUGCGCAGACUCGAAGAGCACACAUAAAACGGGUAAAUAUUGGCUGUCCUGAAAAAAAAAAAAUUUUCGAAAUUGUCCUUUUUUCCACAGCGCCUCGUGCAUCCACUCCUACCGUAUGCCAUUAUGGGAGGUAAUGCGUUACUGGCAGGUCUGCUAUGCAUGACACUACCCGAGACAAAGGGAAUGCCAACCGCUGAAACCAUGGACUCGGAAGAGGACACAAAAGAAUCUAUAGAAUUGCAGGUAAUUGCCUUUGUUUUUGGAUAUGUUAAUGCAUGAUAAUAAGUUCAGAACAAAGGAAGGAAAAAUUUGCACCGGGGAAAAAACUGAAAAAUAAAAUGUAUACUUCAUUUUUCUAACGUGAAGUCGAUAUUGGUGAAGUGCACUAGAGAGCGUUUUACGUGACGUCACGGCGGCCGUAUUGGUGUUCCAGAACAAUGAUGGCGUUCUAAAGAAAUCCUGUGGGAGUUGAAUUCUUUUUAAAGUUUAAAACAUUGAUUUUCCUGUCACUAAAGCCCAGUUAGCAAAUUGCAAUUCCUUAUAUGGUUUGAUAUCAAUAUGAAUCUCAGUAGGUCUUUUUUAGAGGUGUUACUUCGAAACUUAAGUCCUACAUUCUAUCUUUAUCAUUUCACCACAAGUACAACGAACCAACAACAUCUCUUUCCCGUUGCAGGGAACUUUCAGCAAAAAUGAUGUCGAGGAAAUGAAAGAAAAGCUCAUGGAUGAUGCAGAGAAGGAGUCUGCAUGAUUCUCAAAGUGUGGUUAUCAAGAAGACCAUGGGUCUAAUUAAAAGACUCCUCUACGAUCGAGUAUAAACUUUAAACCAUGUGCGAUAAGGCCAAGUAAAAAAAAUGCUUCUCGUCCGGAUUUCUAUUAAAAAAAAAAAAAGCGGGCGGUUUUUUUUUUGUUGUUGUUAUUUGCGACUUUUCAAAUAAAGCCAAAAUAAGUUGUGGUGUUGUCCAAGGAUCUAUCCUUGCCCAUCUCUUUUUAUCGCUUAUUCAUGGCAUACGUCAAUGUUUAAUUUAAUUCGGUCGAAUAUAAAUAAAUGAAACGUCAGAUAUUGUUUAAACACACAUUUUGGUUAUUUCAAAAUAUGUUUUAAACAACGUGAUGCGUCAUACAAUAUGUCUCAAUAGGUAGGUGGCGUUAAAAAGGUCAAUAUAGAACUUCGUUUUAUGAAAAGUAAGGCCUGCAACGUAAGAGUGUAGAAAAAUUGUGUUUAAAAAAUUAUUGCAUGGUUCUUGUUCGUUCCAACUUUUCCAAGAACAAAUAAUAAAAAAAGGGAGGCGGCCCCCAAAAAUGAAGAGGGCGGGGAUGAGAAACAUUUCUUUACUUGGCCUAACAUUCAGUAGUCUUCUGGAGAACAGAAAAAAAAAAACAGUUUCAGUAUCAUUUAAGUGUCUUCAUAUCCUCAAUAGUUUUGAGGAAGUAAAGUUAUUUCAUUGAAAGCAAUCAUUUGAUUUUAUACAAGAGAGAAUGGGCUCAUUCUCUCUUGUUUUAUAUUAUUUUUUUUGUUACUUUUCGUACAAAAUGAAGUUACACUACUUUUGUUAUAAAAAUGUAAGAAACGCUUAGUAUAUUACGAACAUAUAUUAUAGAAACAGCUUAAAUGACGAAUGACGUCUUUUAACAAAUUACUCAAAACUACGCCGUGUCUACAUUUAAUUUACACUAUGUCACAGCCUCCUCGCUAGAAAAGCGAAACGAAAACUGCAUCACUCUGUCAUAUACUGAAGUUAAAUUAGUUGUAAAAGUAAGUGUUAUAGAAUUGUAUACCAUGUAGUUAUAGAAUUCUGCUUUAACAGAUCUCUAAAGGGAGGACUCAUGUCCCUUCCUAUAUUUUCUUCUGUAGUAUUUUAUAUCGAAGAGUUGAAGGGUAAAGUAGAGGUAUAUUUUUAAGGAGCCUAUCACUCAGGAAUGUCCAUCUCUGAUAAAAGAUCAAGGUCCGCACAGCGUGUUAUAUUACUUACGCUUGUAAAUAGCCAACUGGGUACGUCCUGCCAGUUGGGGAUUUUUAUUCGGUCGUAUUCCUGAUGUUCGACUUAAAUUCUUUGUUUCAAACUGUCUGAAUAGAGUGCUUGAGAAUUAGCUAUAACUCCUAAGAGCACACUCAAUAUAAACAAAGCAUUUUGUUUUUUUCACCCCA